CGUGGCGGAGCAACGGACCGGAGACCCGUCCCACCACGUCUGAAGUCGACAACUGCGCUCUCGCCGUCAUGGCAUCCACUGAACAUAACUUCUCCGGCGCGCUCGCAACAUGGAGAGACGUGAACCUGAGCGAGCUCCAGAAGCAGCUCGACGCGCAGGGCAUCGAGAUCGUUGACAACCAGAAGGAGAGCGUGGUGGGGAGGAAAGCGCUAGCAGAUAAGACGAAGGAAUUCAAGCGAAUACCUGAUGCGGAGAAGCUGGCGGCGUACAAGGGCUUGUUGAAGGCGUACCAAACGGAGAUCGACAACCUCACCAAGCGCUCGAAGACGGCAGAGAAUGCCUUCCUGAAUGUCUACAAGGUCCUUGCCGAGGCCCCAGACCCGUAUCCCCUCCUCGAAGCCGCGGUCGACCAGACUGUUAAGGUCGCGGAAACGCGCGAGUUCGAGGCGCAGAUCGCGCGGCUGAGAGAGGAGAACGCGGAGUUGCGCAAGCGCGUGAACGAGGUCUCAGCGCUGGAGGCGGCGAAGAAGAAGGCGGAGGGUAGGAUAGAAACGCUGGAGGCUAAGAUGGAAGACAUGAUCCAGGACAAGGUCGCGCAGAAGGAGAAUGAGCUACAUGCGACGUACGAUGAGCGGCUACGGAACUAUGAGGAGCGGGAGCAGGACCUCCAGAAGCAGGUGUCGCUAGCGAAGAACCAGCUACGGGACCUAAGAGCGUCGAACGAGAACAACCAGGCCAAGCUCCUCGAUCACAGCCAGAGGCAAGAUCAAGAAGUUGUCGCGAAACUCGCAGAAAUGGACAUGAUUGUCGCGGACCUGGAGCGCGCGAACAGCCGCGUCGCAACCGUCGAGAGACGGAAUGAGAUACUGCGAGCUGACAUUGAAGCACUGCGUAGCGGCGCGGACUCGUCUGAUAGGUGAGUUUUAAAGCAGCUAGGUUCACCUUCGAGUCU